CUCUGAGCACAAGCUGCAUUGCCCUUUGGAAAGUAGCUGGGGCAUUGCAGAGACCCAUUCCCAUACGAGUGUGUUCAAACAGCCAAUCUGAUUAAAACCAGAUCUUCAAUCCGCUCCUCUAUUCGCCAUGUCGCGUUGAAGAUCUGGCGAAAUGCUAUAAGGGGUCAUGUUCUGGUGAACUCUAAUGACGCAAGAUUUACAAGUCGAUCAGCCAAUCGUCGGAUUUCCUAUCAACCAAUCACGUUACACCUUGCUUAUAAGUCUUCGGUUUAGUAACCAAGAUGGCGCCUAAAUUUGAGUAUAGUCUCUCUGAAAUAUGUAAACAGUUCACGAUCGACAAUUUGAAGCCCGAGCAGAAAGAAAUUAUAAAUGCAUUGGUGAAGAAAGAAGAUUGUAUUGCAAUUUUGCCCACCGGCUUCGGAAAGUCAUUGCCAUAUCAAAUUUUGGUACCCUUUAUCCGCGAACUGAAAAAGAUUGCGAGUGAACUUGAAGAGGACGUUCAGAAACAAGUGAAGAAACACUUUGAUAAUCAGACAAUUGUGGUUUGCUGUCCUUUGAUAUCACUGAUGCAGGACCAAGUGGAACGUCUUUCAGCUAUUCCAAAUCUACGUGUUGUGUUUAAAGGUACUGAUCCAGCUGUGAAUGAACAGAUCAAGACCGGAGAAAUAGAUAUUGUGUUUACCUCACCUGAGACUUUGGUUGGCGAAUCUGACUGGAGAGCCGAGUUUCAGACACUGAAAGUUGACUUGAUAGUUGUUGAUGAGUUCCACACUAUAGCAACAUGGGGAGGAGAUGAAAAUGAAGAUGAGAGGGCUGUUUUCAGGAAAUGGUUUCGCCAUAUUGGAGAAUUACGAUCAAUGUUCCCAUCAGCAUCCCUACUUGCACUAAGUGCAACAUGCACCAUAAAAAUUCGUAAACGUGUUGCCAAUGUACUGGACUUGCGUGAAGAGUCGACCAUUAUGAUAACAAAGUCUCCAAACAGAAGUAACAUUAAACUUGUGAUAUCAAAAACAAAUAAUACAAUUGAAGAGGGAAUGUACUGGCUGAUCAGUGGAAUGGAAACUUUAAGACAUGCAUUUCCCAAGACUUUAAUUUAUGCUAACUCUAUAAGUGAUGUCGCAAAACUGUAUACCUAUGUUGUUAAUGAGUUACCUGACUGCACCGAGUUUGUGGAUGUUUCAUUCUGA